ACGAGAUGAGAUGAGAUGAGAUAGUCCUAACGAUCAACCAAAAUAGUCAGUGGGGAUUUGAAUAGUAAAUAUCUGGCAACCCAGUCUCUCUCACACUACGGAACUGAACACGGAUGGAUUAGAAACAAUCGCAGGAAAGAAGAGGUUUCACAAACGCGAGUUUAAAAUUAAGUUCGCACAAGUUACAGCUUAUAAUCAGUUAUAACAUAGUUAUUAAGCUCAAGCAGAGUGUAAAUAAAGGAGUAUUUAGUCGUUUAGGUGUGGUUUGAAUAAGCUUUGACCACCUGUAGUUAGCCAGCUAGCAUAAAGUUAAAUUCAAAUGUCGGUCCUUAAACCUGAGCGAGCAUAAUCAGCCAUGACGGAAAUCAGUGAGCAAGUACAACUAAGGAACCACCCUCGGAGGCAACUGAAGAAACUCAGUGAGGACAGUCUGACCAAGCAGCCUGAAGAAGUCUUUGAUAUAUUGGAGAAACUCGGAGAGGGGUCUUAUGGCAGCGUAUUCAAAGCACAUUAUAAAGAGACUGGGGAGAUUGUGGCGAUUAAACAGGUUCCUGUGGAGUCAGACCUGCAAGAAAUCAUUAAAGAGAUCUCCAUUAUGCAGCAAUGCAACAGUCCGCAUGUGGUGAGAUAUUAUGGCAGUUACUUUAAGAACAGUGACCUGUGGAUCGUCAUGGAGUACUGUGGGGCUGGCUCUGUGUCUGACAUUAUCAGACUGCGCAACAAAACAUUAACAGAAGAUGAAAUAGCUGCCAUUGUGCAGUCUACUCUUAAGGGACUGGAAUACCUGCACUUCAUGAGGAAGAUCCACAGAGACAUCAAAGCAGGAAACAUCCUGCUGAACUCUGAGGGACAGGCCAAACUUGCCGAUUUUGGUGUUGCCGGACAGCUAACUGACACAAUGGCGAAACGCAACACCGUGAUCGGAACACCGUUUUGGAUGGCUCCAGAGGUCAUUCAGGAAAUUGGCUAUAACUGUGUCGCAGAUAUCUGGUCUCUGGGCAUCACUGCUAUAGAGAUGGCUGAAGGAAAGCCACCAUAUGCAGACAUACACCCUAUGAGGGCAAUAUUCAUGAUUCCAACAAGUCCCCCACCAACAUUUCGGAACCCUGACCAGUGGUCAGAACCUUUUAGGGAUUUUGUGUUCCAGUGCUUGACAAAGAGUCCUGAGCAAAGAGCAACAGCCACACAGCUAUUACAGCACCCAUUCAUAAAGAGUGCCAAGUCCAACAGCAUCCUGAAGGCACUAAUCACAGACGCUAUGGAGCUCAAACUCAAAAAACAAGAGGCUCAACAGAGAGAGCAGGAUGCAGAGGAUGAAGAAAACUCGGAUGAAGAUGAAGUUGAUCAGGGUACAAUGGUGAGGGCCAGCGCAUCAGAUCUGGGAACUGUCCGUUCACCUGGGUCACUCGGAAGUUCAUUGGGAACCAUGGUUGAGCACAAUGACAGCACCUUGGAGUCUCAGCUUGGCACCAUGGUCAUUAACUCUGAGGAGGAGGAGGAGGAGGAUGCAGGCACCAUGAAAUAUCAUCAAGAGACAAUGCAGCCAGCUAAGCCAGCAUUCUUGCAGUAUUUUGAUCAGAAAGAGAAGGAGGACAACAAAAACAGUGACAACGAUAGUCACAAACUGCCUGCAGAAGGGGAUAUGGAGGUGAUACGUUCCUUAAGUGUAGAGGAGCUAAGAAGACGCUUGGCCUCUCUGGACCCUCAAAUGGAGCAGGAGAUUGAGGAGAUCCACCAGCGCUACCAAGCCAAACGCCAGCCCAUUCUUGAUGCUAUUGAGGCCAAAAAAAGACAUCAGCAGAAUUUCUGAACCAGCUGAAGAAACUCUUAAUGAUCUCUCAAUGUUCAAAACUGUUAGUCACUUAUUAAGGUACCUGUGCCAGUUCCAGCCAUACUUCAUGUUUUAUUGUUUGUUUGUUUAACUUGCAGUUCUCUCUUUGCAUUUGUUAUUUUAUUAUUUUUAAAAUCUGUUGCUGUAUCUAUACCACUGUUGGUACUAGAUUAGUGUUACUGUGGGCUCAAAAAGCAGGGAACAACAUUUUGUCUUACACUGUUUGACUUUUUUUUGCACUUUUUUACUUGUGUUACUUUGGCAUGUAUGUUGUAUGUUUUGUUUGUUUUUAUAGCUAUAAGCAGCACAGUUCACAAAGUCUAGUAAUCAUAAAACAAGCUAAUAAUUAUGAUGGACAUUCUUAUUUAUAGGAACUUCUAAAGCAGGCCACUAAAAAUGUAUGUAGAGCAUUUUUUAUGCCAACUUAUUUUUAAACAAACAUAAAAAGAAUACAAACCAUGCAGCUUCUAGCUGAUAUGCAAAUGGUAUAGGUUUAAGUGCAAGUCUUUUCAAACACCAUCUCUGUCACAUCUGCUGUACUGUCAAAUUAUGUUAGCUCAGUAUAGGCACCCCCAAGGAUGAUUAUGCCAGGUUAAAAUGUAAACUGGUAUGGUAAAAUUGUAAUGGUAAAAAUCAGCCUAUUUGGAAAUAAAACUGUCUUACAGUAGUGAUAGAUAUUAUAAAAUCAAACAUGCCUGCAUUUAAAAGUGACCCAGAAGAAGACCAAUAUUCUAGAGUUGAGUUUUGUACUGCUUUACUAUCCAUAACCCAAUGUUCACAUUCCAGUUUUCCAAGCAGCUCCAGCACAUGUUAACAGUGUCUGGGCACUCUGGCACAGAAACAGGGUUGUGCCCAAUAAGCAACAAUUCAUGCUACUGUGCAGAGAUUUUAUAGUUCCCCAUGAAUUAGCUGUAACACUGUCAUGAAUAGCUUGCUAGUUGUGCUACUCAAAGCAGGUGGAAGGCUCUGCUGAGAAAAGUUAUGAAAGCAGUCACAACCAACCCAAUACUACUACAUUAAAUUCCAUGGUUUAAAAAAAAUUAUAAUCAAAUAUCCUGAAAACACAAGAAAGCUCUAUUUCACUUGAUCAUUGCUGUAGUUUAAGCAGCACGGUGGUGUAGUGGUUAGCACCAUUGUCUAACAGGAAUAAGGUUCCACAUUCGAACCUGGGGCCUUUUUGUGUGGAGUUUGCAUGUUAUCCCCAUGUCUGUGUGGGUUUCCUCCAGGUACUCCAGUUUCCUCCCACAGUCCAAAGACAUGCAAAAAAAAAUUAAGUAAAAAUACCCCCCUACUGGUUGCACAAGCAUCCAGUGUAAAACCUAUGCCAAAUAAAAUAUGCAAAUCAUAAAUUGAGUGGAUGAUCCUAACAGGAGCACCCAAUACUGUUUGUAAACACGUUUCCAUAACUUGAAUGAACAUAAUCAUCUUGCACUCUGUAAGUAACAACUUUCUGCAAGGGCAUGAGUGGAAACCUAGAGCACUGUUUUGCUCAUGUCUGUUAGAAUAUGAUAUUUGAUAUGGUGUACUAACUAAUAUACCAAAAAAAAAAACAAGAGCUACACAUUGACAAUUUUUCUCUAAUGGUUAAUGUCAGAUCAGGCAUCUGAAGUUGGAAAGGUGAAUAAAUUAACAAUUUUAUACAAUAGUUUAUUUUAUAACAUUGAAAGUUUUUGGAAGAUAGGAAGGCCUGGUAUUUUUGUUGUAUGUAAGUGUGUCACUGUAAAUCAGACUCAGGUUUAAUUGACUCAGGAUAUAUUUGUAUGGCAAUCCAUAGCUACUGUGAAAGACUGUACAGUGCUUAUAUACCACACCAAUUGGUUUCCCCCUCAUUUUGGCUUUGGAAGAUCAGCUGAAAAGUCCUUCUUUUUGGAGUUUGUUACACUCUGUAAUUACAUGAUUCUGAUAAAUAGUUUUGUUAUCAAACAUUUACAGUAGUAAUGCAUGCUGCUUCUUCUUGCACUGUGAAGACAGAACCACUGUCAGUACACCUCAUCUGUCCUACCACUGGUCCUGAACAAGGAUUUUGUCUGUGCCUUAAAUUAUGCAAAAUCUAUUUGAAAGUGUUUAAAAGUUGGAUUUGUCAGUUUGUGUGAAUAAUAAACUGGAUUCAUCAUAAUUAUAA